AGUUAAAAUAAAUAAAUUAUUUUUAUUCAACUUUAAAAAAAAAUAAAUGUGUUUAUGAUUGUUGCAAUUACAGUUUUGAACUUUAAAAAUCUACUAAUCUCAUCUAGCAGUAUUCAAGCUGCUUUCAUUGUUUUCGCAAUUGUCAUUAACACUGCGUCUUCAAAUACGUGUACGAAUCAGCGCGCGUCAUCGCUUAUCGAUAGUACGCCAGGCGUGCGUUCUUCCCGUAUCCUAUUUGUUUUUUUUCCAAACCAAUAACUAUCGUAAAUCAUUAGUAUCGGGACACUUGGUUAACAAAUACUCACUCCAGACGCAUGCGCUUUGUGGAUCGAUUAUUUUGCUUGGAGAUAUUGCAAAGCUCUGGCCAUGGCAGCGGGCAGAUUGCCACGCAACCAGGAAAACAAGUACUCGGUUCUUGUAACCUCAGAACGUGCACGUGUAUGUAACGGUAUCGAGACACAGGGUGUUAUCUGGACGCAGUAGCACUUAAAAAAAAACCGACGAUGAAGAGCGCAAAGUGUAUUCGAGAGCCGAUUUGUAUGCAUAACACUUCAAUUUCAUAUACAUAUUAAUGCAAAAUUAUAAAAAUAAAGAAUGGGAAAUUGAAUAUUCUUAUCGUCGUCCAUUGUUGACUAUAUACAAGAUCUUUUGGAAGUUUUUAUCAAUGUUGGGAAGAUAUAUUUUAUUACAAUCCGUCAAUGGCAUCUGCAAAGCCAACUACGUGUAAAGAAGCCUUACGGCGAUGGGAGGAAGAGAAUCAACAAACCGCCGCUAAGGCGACAGAAGUAAUUUUAAGCUUUCAGUGGCCGCCUAUUGAAAAGAUGGACAAUGCUCUGGCAGGUUUGACAAAUUGUGAAAAGCUGUCCUUAUCGACAAAUAUGAUUGAAAAGAUUGCAGGCGUGGGAACUCUGAAAAAUUUAAAGAUCCUAUCAUUAGGUCGUAACUUAAUCAAAGGUUUCACAGGUCUUGAACCUUUAGGCGACACUCUCGAAGAGCUUUGGAUUUCCUAUAAUUGCAUUGAGAAGAUGAAGGGCAUCCAAGCAAUGAGAAAUCUUCGUGUGCUUUAUAUGUCUAACAACUUGGUGCGAGAAUGGAACGAAUUCGCAAGGCUACAAGAGCUUGUAAAUCUUCGGGAUCUAGUUUUCGUCGGUAAUCCGUUGUACGAAAGUCUCGAGGUAGAGCAAUGGAGACUUGAAGUUGCACGACGUUUGUCAAAUUUGGAGAAACUUGAUGGUGACCCAAUAAUACGAACGGAAGAAAAUCCAAUUCAAUUAGCUAAAACUGAUAGUCCGUCGCACGAUUUGCAUGAUCAAGAACCUAGCUAAUAAUUUAAAUAUUUUAUUUAUCUAAAAUUUUAACAUUUAUUAAAUCUGAAAGUAAAAUUAAUAAUAUUACUUUCAUUUAACAUAAAAAAAGUUAUUAAAUUUUUUGUUUAUACAAAAUUUAUAGCUACGUAAAUUACAGAGUUAAUAAUGUUAAAUAAUUAAUAAUAUUAAAAAUAAUGUUAACAUUAUAAGACAAAAUAUUUUUAAUAAAGCAGUAAAUUAAACAUUCUUUGAUCAAGUAUUGUCAUAUCUAGCUUUAAAUAUUAAUAUAUAUUGAAAUUUCCCUUAAUUAAUGAUAGUCGAUAAAUUAAUGUGGUCAACCAGAGAAAAUUAUUAAUCACUCAAACAAACAUUUAUAUUAAUUUAUUUGUCUCACGAUACAAGAUAGAUCGUACAUACCUUUUGGGUGGAUUGAAAAAGAUUGGAAAAGUAAAUAGUAAAGUUUAAUUGGAUGCAUAAAAUAUAUUGAUAAUUAAACAAAUAAAUCUUAUUCUUCGUAAUCGUUUUCUUUUCUCUUUUGCUGGUUCUUUUUCAUUAUAUAAGGCGUGCAAAAUAUUAAGUUGUGUUACGCGGGGCGCUCGUAUGUAUAAUUAUCAUAUUUUCUUUGUAUAUAAUUAUGUAACGAAGUAAUACGUGCAUUAGGAAAAUUGACAUAUGUGCGCUUGACUGAAUUCUUUUUCUUUUGCCUUCUUUCCUUUCUUAGUUUUUCGCACGUUCGAUUUAUCUGCAUCUAAAUUUUGUUUUAUAUCAAUUAUUAUGUAACAUAAAUUCGCGACUGCUCUUAUAUUGACGUUAUUUGAUUAUGUAUUUGCAAUUAUUUAUGUAAAUUACUAAAAACGCAAAGUAUUUAUUUAUGUAAAUUACUAAAAAAACAAAGAUAUUAAAUUUUCUUGACAUAUUUGAUAAAAAAGGCGCAUUAUUUUUAUUUCAAUCUGUUAUUUUGUACUAAAUGAGAUUAAAAUUUGACUUAUCGAAUAAGUUAUAAAAAUUGUACUUUAAAAAAUUAAUAUUAAUUUUGUUUUCAAAUAACAUUCAUUUUUUGCCCAAUCACUACGAGUGCUUUAACAUAUGCUUUAAUCACGAAGAAUUCGCCAGUAUCAGAAAGUUAGAAAGACUACAUAGAAUAGCAUGUUGUACUAGCAAAAUAAAAAUUCAAUAGAAAAAUCUAGUACUGAGGGCGACGUACACAGAGAACGCUUUUCCAGUGAAACGUACAUUUAAUUUUCAACAAUAUUUAUGUCUGAAAGCGAAAUUUGUGUUUCUGACACAUUCUCAAAUUUUGUUCUUUUUUUUCGAUGCUGCAGAAAUAACAGAGUAGAGCGUUCUGAUAGAAACAUCUCCGUUUUCGUCGUAUAAGCGGUUCAGCAAGAAAAGCUGCGUUGAUAAUUUAGUCAUUCGGAAGAUUAGAUGGUGAAAAGAUAGAAAGAAGACUUUAGCUAAUGAUGAGUAAGAAAAAUAUCGUAUAUCGACCUUCUCGGCUUGAUUCGCGUCGGCGAAGCGACGCUGAAGCGGCGCGGCUACUCUUCGGGGAGGAAAAGCAUCAUAUAUGGAUUAUUAGAAAUAUAUUAUAACGAUUCUUAACUUGAUUAAAAAACAGGCAGUUAAAAGUAAUUAUUACUCAGCAUAAAUUUUCCACAUACUUUUGUACAUUCAUUGACUAAAUCUUUUCCCAAUCAACAAUGGAUUAUUGUGAUCAAUGAUGUCUAAUUGUAAGUUAGCCAUUAAUAUUAUUAUUCGUUGUGCGCUGCAUUGCCUGAAGGAAGAGAAACAUAUUUGUACAACUUAUUUUUUAACAAAUUAUUUUACAUGACUUUAAUAAGAAAUGGUAAUUUUAGAGGAUAAUAAAGAGGUUGCGUUUUCCUCCCAAUUUUGUCGUGAAUCAAAUCUGCACAAUCGGAGAAAGUUUGAGACGAAAGUUUCCAUGAGCAGCCUCGAUGACUUCCUCUUUUAUGGAAGUUGAGAAAAUAAUUCAAUUCAAAGAAAGUCAUCAUGUGUCGAAUAUAUUUAUAUUCUCAUCAUGGAACCCCGAUUUCUAUUCACAAUUGAUACUCGACAGACGAAAAGCAGGUUAUGCGAUCGCGAAGGGAAGUCUUGUCAUUUCAGUUUAUCUGAAAACGUGAACACUCGUGUUUUUUUUUUUUUUUUUCUAGGAAAAUCCUUAAAUUCUCGCAAGGGCGCGCGAGAUAUUUGAUGUCUGGACCUCCCUGUAUAAAAAAUGUAAGAUAAAGAACUUUGCGGUCGCUCCGGUGUCGCUUCAAGCCUGACGAGACGGCUUUUAAACAUUUACCUUAGCUAUGUCACACCGACGUGUUUUACUGUUUCUUGUGUGUUGUGUAGUUCUGUUUUACACAUCUCUUCUUCGACACAAAAAUAGUUCCGAUAUAUUUCUUUCGAUUCUCUUUCACUGCGUUUUUCUUUUUUUUUUCUUCUUUUUUCUGUUUUUUUACCCAACACCGAUUAUAUU